UAUACAUAUUUUUAACAUAAUAUUUUUAUAUGAGGAUAUUUAAUUGCGCCGGCAACUAAUUAAUUAUUUUCCAAUUUUACCGAUAUAAUAUGUAAUUUUUGAAAAUGGUUUCGGAUUCUGAUUCAUUGACAAAAGGGUUCAUCGAUCUUAGGCUUAGCUACACCCCCGUAAGAUUGCGAUUGACGACGUUGAUGGGGAGUAACGUGGCGCGAUUAACGGAUCGUAAAUACAUGAUGCAACUGGCGUCGAGGUUGCAAGAGGAUUACGAGGCGCGUCAGAAGAUUCGCAUCGAACGCAGGAAGUUGAAUGCCGCUUCGAUCGUGCCGAAACUGCGCGAAAUCCCGCCUGAAUUAUUGCUGAAGAGACCAACCCGGCGACGUCGUCCAUGCGCUCCGAAGUUUCACGCCGAGGCGGCUAAGAAGUGCAAGCAACUUCCGGGACUUUUACUCGCGACCUUCAAUUCUAAGCGCGUACAGCAAUAAUUUACAAAUUCGAACUCUCCAACUAUGAGUACAAAUAAUAUGUAAAAACUAUUUUUACAAAUACGCAGACGUUUCUGAUUGUGAGACACGUCUGUAUACACUCUUAAUAAUUAAUAUAGGCCUUUGUGAAAUUUAUACACGUCGCAUAAAAGCGUUUAAAAGCUAGACUUUAAUCGACUAAUGAAAAAUACCGAUUUACAUCACAAUUCGUUAACGAUAUUACGUUAGCUAUACAUUCUAAGUCGCUGCUUUCGCCAGCUGUCGUUGUUGCGAUCUCCUUAGCAAAUGAAACACUAAUUGUUGAUUGAGAGGAACUUGCAUGAGUAAUCCCUGGCCGUUUCGAUCAAUGGCAGCUGGCGUGUCGUCUGGUACUAAGAAAAAAAAUCAACGUUUUAAAUCAUGAUCUACGCAAUAUUUCUCUCUCUCUUCUUUACUGUUUGAACGAACGAAUGUGGCAAUUAAUUUUGUUCUCCGUGAAAUAUGACUUGAACUCACUUGGAAGCUCCGCAUCCCAUAGUUGUUGAAGAUCCGACAUGAAUAUGGAUGGAUGAGGUAAAUAAUUGUAGUAGUAAUCUGGCCAUCCGAACGACGCGAAAGUAUCGCUGGAAAAUGAUAAUAAUACUCGAUCAAAUCAUUACUUUAAUAUUAAUAUAAUGUUCACAAGUAAAUCUGAAAGAUUAAUAGCGAGAGAUUGUAGAGAUUCUCACGCUAUUCAUCUUGUAAAAGGCGGCGAAGUGAGGUAAAAACGAACUUGAAAUAUUACUUUCCCUAAUAUAUGCUAUACAUUUAUUUUAUACAUAAGUUUUCGUGUACUUCUGAAUCGAUUUCUCGUCACGGACGUAAUCACGACGAGAAAUGAUUUUAACUCUUGUUUUCUAAUUGGUAGUUAACGUGCAAAAUGUGCGAACGUACUCGUAGAGUUUCUCGAGCUCCCGUUUAACUGGAACUUUCGGCCACGUUAACAUUGAGUAAGGCAUCGGGUAAUAAUGUACGUGAUAGUGCUGUAUAUUAGGCUGCAGAGUAGGCUUUUUUGCCCUUAAAGACUGGAAGAAAUCCUGCAAAGCUUUCUUCGAACUAAAAUGUAAGAGAGAACAUAUAUUACAAAUAUAAAUAAACAUUUAAAAGCAAUCCCAGGUAGCAAGCGUACGUCAUUUUGACGUUUAAUGAUGUUAGUUUGUUACUUGGGAUAAUUCUGAAAGAAUCAUCUAUAGUUAAAAUAUUAAUUCAAGCAAAUAUCAAAUUCAGCGUAAAGAAUCAUAAAGUCAUAAAGAUUCUUUUACUUUAUUCAAUCAAUCUAUUUUAUUUCAAAAUAUCAAUUUCUUAUUUUUUAUUUCUGAAAAUUAAACGUAUUUUUUUAGUAUAGAAAUUCUUUGAGUCAUUUUUAACUCCAUCUUUAAGAAUUGGGCGUCAAAUUUUUUUCACAAUUAAGAAAAAUUUUUGGCUGAAGAAUUCAUUAGUUUGUAAGAUGUAUAAUUAUUUACACACAUUUUCUCCUUCGAGCACUUUAAUAAUCUAGCGAGAAGAAAAUACAAAAGUCACACUCACUAUUCGAGAAAAAAUUCCUCCGAAGGUCCAACCAGUAACAUCACGAGUAAUAUCAACUGUAAAUCACCACAAUAAUUAAUUUGUAUACUUUGUACAUUCUAUUUGAUCACGCAUGCAUGGUAGCAACUGACAACUAUUGUAUAGUCAAUAAUUAAUUCCAUGUUACACAUAAUAACCCAGGUAGCAAGCUGACAUCAUAUUAAACGUUAAAAUGACGUCAGCUUGCUACUUGGGAAGACACGAUUUAAAUGUAUACCUAUGUCGAAUUUCGAAUUGCACUGAGAAUUAUAUGCGUCUACAUAAGCGAAAAUCAUCAAUGUAUCAAUAACACGUCCGCUUUUCUCUGUUCACUUUCGUUGUAAAACUCGAAAUACGAAAUUAUUCGCGUUUUUUGCGUUAUUGAGAGAUGUAAUGUAUCUGUACUCGCUGGACAUUUACUUGCAAUAUUGGCCCCGCCUUCAUAUUUGCCGGGUAUCAUGUAUACUCGGGCCGGGGAUGUCGUUCGUCCGCUAUGCGAUAUAAGUAUACGACAAACUGAGAAUUUCGAUGAAACUGGAUCGCUUUAUAGCUCUCUGCGGCUCUUACCCUCUUUCUCUCCUCGCGCGCUUCUCGUGCUGUUCAUUUUUUCCCCUCGGAAACGUUGCUUCAUCGGGCGCAGAUCGCCGAGACGACUUUGUCUCUUGUAAAGAGUCUCUUGUGUGUGUCGUGGUGUGUAUUGUCAGAGAUUAUACUUGCAAGAGCGAUUUUGAUAUCUGUGUGCGAAACACGUUGCGUGUGCGUUACACGUAUUUGAGAAAAACAGUACAGUAAAUAUGAACGUGAGUUCGAUAGAAAGUAGGAAGUGGAAUAUAAAAGAAAUUUUAUCUCGAUA